GACUUCACUGCUGUUUUUGAUGACAAUGACAGCUUACAAUUUUUUUUCUGUCUGGUAAUUUCUUAAAUUCUAUUUUGUGACCCCACACUUCUGGCAGAUUUUGGCUACACACGUGAUGGGAAGCAGUGCAAGUACAACAUCAAUUCCAAAUCGAGUCGGAGCAACUAAAACAGCAACUCAAAAUCCCACCAUUAAAGUACACCAACCAAAUGCUGAUCAGAAAAAGUCGCCUAAAUCUGAGACUUCGUCCAACAUGACUGAACAACGCCACAGUAAAGAUAUCGAGAACGAUGAUGAUGAUGAUGAUUUUUUACCAAGCAAAAAAUCAAGCUCUGAUUUUGACGAUGACGCUUUUGAGAAAUUCUGCGGAGAGAUUGAUACUGUUCUGAAGGGGCAUAGCUCAGUGAUCGGAGCGUCACAUAGAAAAUCAUCAGUUUCAUCUUCUGUGAAUUCCGGAGCAGGGCUAGCAGGAAUUCCACCAACGUCGCUGAGGAGAGAGGAAUUCCUAAAUCAAAGACAAUUAAGUGGGACUUUCCAACAACAGCAGACUUUUCCGUUACACCAACAAGAACCGAGUCAUCAUUCGUAUGAAACUCAGCAUGUCUACCCUAGUCACGGAAAACUAUCCCAUCUCCAAGACGAUCAAACAAAACACAAGGCUUUCUCCAACAAAGGUUCUCAUCACGCACCAAGUCUCCCACCUCCGCUGUCAAAGAAAGCCUUAAACCCAGUGUCAUCUUGGAAGAUGCCAGAAGAGUUAGCGCAAAGAGAACAAGUUCUUAGAAACAGAUUUGACGAUACUUGGUAUGCGGAUGAAACGGCGUAUGUAGGUGGGAGAAAUUUACUGCAGGGGGGAUCGCGAGAUGGGUCGUUGAUGAAGAUGAAAAGGAAUUCAUCCCUCAUGGCUAGCCAAGAUGGAGGCAGCAGGGAAUCUAAACGGAAAGAGGUUCUAUCACAAGAAAGGGAAGGUUUUGAAUUUUCAAAAUUCAAAGCAGUAAAUAAAAAGUCCGACAGUAAGAAAAUUGACAAACUCUUACCAGCUACCUACAAGGGAUACAAUGCACAUAUGACCCGGCAAGGAACGUUACCAUCCCUGCACGGUGGUAGUUUAACCUCAUCAGAUCACUCCAGUACAAGCACUCCAGCAAGUGAAAUAAUUUGUCUUCUUUUGUUACCCCUCCUCAGGUCGUCUUCAGGCAAGCAGUUAAUCUACAACCCAUCAGAAGAGGAUCUCAUUGCUUAUAUUGAGAAAGAGUUCUCCUGACUCAAACUAUGUUUCAGGAUAACAAACAUUAACUGCCAUAUACUUGCCUUAAUGUUUACUAAAUGUCAUCAAAGCCAGUAAGCGGAAAUAAAUGGAAAGAGUUAUACAGAGCACAUGGUACUCACUUUGGUAACCUCUUGCUGCUAAGUUUUGUGCUAAGCUUGGCGAUGAAGUCUGUGAGUGUUCUUAAAUCAGGGCAAAUUUUCAUAAAAGCUGUUCAGCAGAAAAUACUGCUUGACAAUUAUUUUGCUUAGCAACAAUUGAGUGGGGAACCAGUCACAAC